AUGACUUCAUACUCCUUCAAACCAGUUACUAUUAGCCAUAACCCUGGCGACAAUGAGGCUGCCACGGUUAUCCUGAAGCGCUGGUAUGACAAGGCCGAGCUUGACGAAGCAAUUGAGUAUCUGCCACCGGGCCUGACAAUUCACUCCUGGGCAAUUGUGCUCAACAAGCUGAAGAACAUGCUUGGUACUGAAAAGGUAGUCAUUGGCAAAGAAUUGCACAUAAACUACAUGGACCCAUUUUCGAUGAAUGCCGACGAGAAGGAAAAGCGCGGCAGUGCCUGCGCUGUGCGACCUACGACUGUGGAAGAAAUUCAGAAAGUUUUGGCGAUUGCAAAUGAGUACAAGAUCCCUCUAUGGACAGUCUCUCGUGGCAAGAAUCUUGGUUAUGGUGGCCCUCAAGCGCGUGUGAAGGGCUCGAUUAUUGUGGAUCUUCAGAACAUGAACAAGGUCAUUGAGGUCAAUGAGAAGUUUUCCUACUACACAGUGGAGCCGGGUGUGAGCUUUUUCCAGCUGUUCCAAGAGAUCCAGGUACAAAAGAAGCAUAUUUGGUGUUCAUCGCCCGCAUUGGGCUGGGGAAGCGUGGUUGGAAAUGCGCUCGAUCGGGGCUGGGGGUACACUCCGCAUGGCGAUCAUUCCAACCAAAUUUGCGGAAUUGAGGUAGUUCUCCCUGAUGGGACACUAGUGCGGACAGGCAUGGGGGCCCUGGAAAAAUCUGUCUGCGGGCCACUGUUCCGUGGUGGCUAUGGUCCAACCUACGACUCCAUGUUCAGUCAGUCGAACUUCGGCAUUGUUACAAAAUUGUCAAUCUGGUCAUCCCCUGCCCCCGAAGGAUUCAUGCGAGUCCAUCUCUCAGUCCCCGAGGAGCGCGAUCUAGCACCUAUGGUAGAUACUUUGCGUGAAUUGCUUCUGCGGGAAAAGAUUCAAAAUCACCCUGUUAUCGGAAACGUGAUUCGUGAAAUCAAUAAACGGGGCCUUCGCAAGGACUUCUGGGACAAGGAUACUUCGAUUCCAUAUAAUCGAAUCAAGGAAAUUCAAAAGGACCUUGGAUUGGGAUUCUGGGAUGCCACUUUUGCUCUAUAUGGGCCUAAGGAGGUGAUCGAGUACAAUCUUAGGCAGAUUCAAGACGCAUUCAAGCCAAUCAAGGGCCAUGUGUUGAAGGAAACUGCGUAUUAUCCCAAGCCCGGUCAGAAAUAUGUCAAUGCCCUUGAUAUCCCUUACGAUCUGCAGACUGGAAAUCCGGGCCUGCGACCUAUCACAUCAAUUGAAUACCGCGCACUGGACGGUGGACACAUUUCCUUCUCCCCCGUUCUGCCCUCAGACGGAAAGGCAGCUCUUGAAUUCUACUACACAGCACAGAAGCUGUGUGAGAAACAUGGCUAUGACUUUGUUGCUGGUCUGCAUAUGCACUUGCGGCACAUGACACACAUCAACAUGAUUCAUUUCGACCGCAAUUCUCAAAAGGACAAAGACUCUGCCAGCGCCUUGUUCGUCGAUAUGGUUCACGCUGCACGGGAAGCCGGUUAUGGUGAGUACCGUGCACACAUUGAACAUAUGGAUCUUGUUGCCGAGCAGUACGAUUAUGGUGGAGGUGCUUUGAUGCGCUUGAAUGAGCGAAUCAAGGAUACGCUGGAUCCUAAUGGUAUCUUGAGCCCUGGCAAACAGGGUAUCUGGCCUAAGCAUUAUCGACGCAAAGAAAAGUCCCAAUUGUAG